AUGCCUGUCGUUAAAGGAGGUGUUUGGACUAAUAUUGAGGACGAAGUGCUUCGUGCAGCUGUCUCCAAGUAUGGUCUCAACCAAUGGGCCCGUGUCUCUUCGCUUCUCGCCCGUAAAACCCCGAAACAGUGCAAAGCGCGUUGGAUCGAAUGGCUGGACCCCGGUAUUCGCAAAGUCGAGUGGUCGCGUGAAGAGGACGAGAAACUUCUGCACCUCGCGAAGCUGAUGCCAACACAAUGGCGUACGAUUGCCCCCAUCGUCGGACGCACCGCAACCCAAUGUCUCGAGCGAUACCAGAAACUUUUGGAUGAGGCAGAGGCUCGCGAAAAUGACGAGCUUGGCUUGGGAGGUCCCGAGGGCGGAGAGACAGCUGCUCCCAGUGCAGACGAUGUUCGCCGAUUACGACCCGGAGAGUUGGACCCAGACCCCGAAUCAAAGCCCGCUCGACCCGAUACCAUUGAUUUAGAUGAGGAUGAGAAGGAGAUGCUGAGCGAGGCGCGUGCGCGUCUUGCCAAUACACAGGGUAAAAAGGCGAAGCGGAAGGCCCGUGAGCGUCAACUAGAAGAGUCACGACGCAUGGCCGUAUUGCAGAAGCGUCGCGAACUUAAGAAUGCUGGCAUCAACGUCAAGGUCGUGACCCGCAAGCCUGGUCAAAUGGAUUACAACGCAGAUAUUCCAUUCGAGAAGCCAGCUGCCCCCGGUUUCUAUGAUACCACCGAGGAACAAGCCCUUAAUGAGCGCCAGCGCGAAGCAUUUGAUCCCCGGAAGCACCAACUGGCAAACAAGCGCAAAGGCGACCAAGAUGAUGAUGCGGACCGAAAGAAACAGAAGAACGACAAAAACAGCAACUCUGCAGCGUUCGCCGCCGCUGCACGUGCUGGUCAAAUGCAGAAGAUCCGAGAGGCCGAGCAGAGCAGCAAGCGUCGCAGCUUGGUUCUCCCUGCGCCUCAGGUUGGCGAGAGUGAAAUGGAAGAUAUCAUAAAGAUGGGUAUGGCUGGAGAAAAGGCAAGUCGGAUGAGCGCAGACGAAGAAGGUACCCGCGGACUCAUUGGGAACUACGGAGCAAUCGUAGGAGGAACACCCAUACGAACGCCGCGUGCUGCGCCGGAGGAGGACCGCGUCGCCAAUGAGAUCAAGAACAUCCGAGCUUUAACAGAGACUCAAUCAUCUCUCCUUGGUGGCGAGAACACCCCUCUCCACGAAGGCGGCUCUUCUACUGGAUUUGAUGGAAUUGCCCCACGAAAGCAGGAAAUUUUUACCCCUAAUCCUAUGGCAACUCCUUUCCGGCAAGCUAACGGCAUCGGCGCGACGCCUAUGCAUGGUGGUAUCGGGCCUGGCGCUACACCACUACGCACCCCUCGUGACCAUUUGGCACUGAACCGUGAUGGCCCUGGCGGACAGCUCAUCGGUAGCACACCCCGCGAUAUUCAGAUGCACGAAAAAUUCCAGCGUCAACAGAUUCGCAGCAAGCUCUCUCUGCUUCCCAAGCCCAAAGAAAGUGAAUGGGAGCUGGAAGAACUCCCAUCAGAAACUGCCGAGCCUACUGCCGCUGUCGAGUACAGUGCCGAGGACGCAGCGGAGCGAGACCGCAGGGCGCAAGAAGCACAGAAGAGAGCCGCCGAGGCUGAGUUCAAGCGCCAGUCACAGGUGUACCAACGCGGUUUGCCACGAUGUGCUGUUUUGGACAUCGAUGCUCUUAUUGAACGUGCCGCUCGCAUCACGGAUCCGAUUGAGGGCCUGAUCGCUCGGGAGACUGCAGCUCUUAUCGCGUACGAUGCCAAGAAACACCCAGUCGCCAAUGCCAAGGUUGAAGGCAAGGCACCCAAGCUCAGCCGACUGGACGAUCAGUACUUAGAUGCUGCCCGGGCUGCUAUUGCAGCGGAGAUGUCUUCAGAGGCAGCGCAGCAAGAACACAGUCAAUGGCAGGAGAAAUUCGAAGAGGUUUCCUUGUCUACCCAAGCCAAGUGCCUUCCAGGUCUCGACAACUAUGAUGACGAGGAGGACGAGCAAGACCCGUUCAAGGAGGAGCAGCGCAUGAUCGGGGCGUUUGACAAUGUCCAAUCAUCCCUGAUUUCCAUCGCCGAGCGCAACAAUAAGCUCGAGAAGUCCUUGGAUAAGUUAUGCCGAGGAUAUCAGAUGCGCGCCAAGACCCUUCGAACCAAGGUGGUGGAGGCCGGCGCAGCGUUGCCAAAGGCUCAAGACGAUCUGGAUGCCUUCCGUAGUCUCCAGAUCUCCGAGGAGGCCGCUCUCUCCCGGCGCCUGGAGAAACUGCGCGACGAUGUCUCGUCCGUCUUACGACGCGAACGAGAAGCGCAAGAACAAUACAAGGUUAGAAAGGAUGAACUGGACGAACUGGUUGCUGGUACUGCUGCAGUCAAUGGGUGGCACUAA